AUGGCCGUGCAAGCGGCGACCCUGCACGCCCACCACCACCCCUUCGUCCCCUUCUGCUUCCCGGCGGGGCUGGGGGACUUCGGCGAGGCGGAGAAAGGCUACGACGACGGCGGGGGGCUUCUGCUCGGAGCAGGGGGCGGAGGAGGCGAGGCCGGGGGGGACUGCCGCGAAGCCACCCGCGACUUGCUCAGCUUCAUCGACUCGGCCUCCAGCAACAUCAAGCUGGCCCUCGACAAGCCGGUGAAAUCCAAGCGGAAGGUGAACCAUCGGAAGUACCUGCAGAAGCAGAUCAAGCGCUGCACGGGAAUGAUCGGGGGAGGAGGAGGGGGCGGCCCGGCGGCUCCCGGGCCUCAGGACGCGCCGCGGACUUCUCCGACGGGGGCGCCGUCGGCCUCCACGUCGCCCCCCUGCGGCGGAGCGGCGCAUUGCAAGGCGCCGGCCAAGCGCGAAGGCGGCACGUGGCAGAGCAAGAGCCUGGCCGCCCUCUUCGACUCGCUGCCGGCGGGCGGCAGAGAAGGCGCGUCGGGGCCCUCCCCCAGCGGGAAGAAAGUGCCCCUUCGCAAACGCAACCUGCCGCCCUCCUUUUUCACCGAGCCCAUCGCAAAGACCCCCGCCGGCCCGGAGGAGCUCUUCGACCUCCUGGCCGCCACCGCCCCCGAGUUUGGAAACCUCCUGCCGGAGCAGCAGCAGCCGCUUUACCAGGCGGGCAGCCGCCUGCAAGCGUCGUCGGAGCUGGGCGGGGAGUUCGAAUCUCUGCCGCUGCUCCCCCACUUGAUGUACCCCGAGCCUCCCCUGCGCCCCCUGCCGGCUCUUUACGCCGGACCGUCGGACCCUGCCGGGGCGGAGAGCAGCCCGACGGCUCACCUGCCUGCCUUCGCUCCCUUCUUCCCCGAUUGCCCCCUGCCUCCUCCCCCAACCGUGCCCUAUGACUAUCCCGCAGGCUAUGGCCGGGGGGCCACCUUAUUUUAA